CUUGUCUGGAACCCACCACUCAUCAGAGGUUUGCUCGAUACUUUCCCGAGAAAAUUAAUCGAGGCCGAGAGGAAAAUUGUCUCCGUCUCCGUGGGCCCCGUUUCCCCAUUAUCACUCGUCGCCAGACUGGCGUUUAAGAUACCCACCAGCACAGCAGUCACACACCCCUUUGGAGUGUGCAGUCCGGUUAUUACUGAAAGAACUGUUCUCUCUGGGUUUAAGAGCAACGCUACCAAAAUGCAAAGGCCACCGCCGGAGGAUUUUCUCCUCAAGGAGACCAACCCACAUUUGGGAGGUGGGAAGAUCACGGGCGACAAGCUCACAAGCACCUAUGACCUCGUCGAGCAGAUGCAGUAUCUUUACGUCCGGGUUGUCAAGGCGAGGGACUUGCCUGGGAAAGAUGUCACUGGCAGCUGUGAUCCUUAUGUGGAGGUCAGGCUGGGAAACUACAAGGGUACUACUCGCCAUUUCGAGAAGAAGUCCAACCCCGAGUGGACCCAGGUCUUUGCAUUCUCCAAAGAUCGGAUUCAGGCCUCGGUUCUGGAGGUUACCGUCAAGGAUAAGGACUUUGUGAAGGACGAUUUCAUUGGGCGGGUUCUGUUCGAUUUGAAUGAGGUCCCCAAACGUGUCCCUCCUGAUAGUCCAUUGGCGCCUCAGUGGUACAGGUUGGAAGACCGGAAGAGUGAUAAAGUAAGAGGGGAGCUGAUGUUGGCGGUUUGGAUGGGGACUCAGGCUGACGAAGCCUUUCCUGAAGCGUGGCAUUCUGAUGCUGCAACCGUGAGUGGCAUGGAUGCUCUUGCUAACAUUCGAUCCAAGGUUUAUCUCUCUCCAAAGCUGUGGUAUUUGAGGGUAAAUGUGAUUGAAGCUCAGGACUUGAUCCCGACUGACAAAAAUCGUUAUCCAGAAGUGUUUGUAAAGGCUAGGUUGGGGAAUCAAACUCUAAGAACGAGGAUCUCUCCUAGUCGAACGAUUAACCCUAUGUGGAAUGAAGACCUUAUGUUUGUAGCUGCGGAACCAUUCGAGGAGCCUUUGAUUUUGAGCGUGGAAGAUAGAGUUGCUCCGAACAAAGAUGAUGAGUUGGGGAGAUGUGCAAUUCCUUUGCAGUAUAUGGACAAAAGGUACGACCACAAACCAGUCAACACCAGGUGGUUUAAUCUCGAGAAACAUAUUGUUGUGGAAGGUGAAAAGAAGAAGGAAACCAAAUUCUCUAGUAGGAUUCACAUGAGGGUCUGUUUGGAAGGGGGAUAUCAUGUUCUUGAUGAGUCUACACACUACAGUAGCGAUCUUCGCCCCACUGCUAAACCACUGUGGAAAUCAAGCAUUGGGGUACUAGAGCUCGGUAUACUAAAUGCUACUGGACUCAUGCCUAUGAAGACUAAAGAUGGCCGUGGAACAACUGAUGCUUACUGUGUUGCUAAGUACGGUCAGAAGUGGAUUCGCACAAGAACCAUCAUUGACAGUUUCGGGCCCAAAUGGAAUGAGCAAUACACUUGGGAGGUUUUUGAUCCUUGUACUGUUGUCACAGUUGGGGUCUUUGAUAACUGUCAUCUCCAUGGAGGUGGAGAUAAAAAUGGUGGAGGGGCAAGGGAUGCUAGAAUUGGCAAGGUUAGGAUUCGCCUGUCCACUCUUGAAACUGAUCGUGUUUACACACAUUCCUAUCCGCUUCUAGUAUUGCAUCCUAAUGGGGUAAAGAAAAUGGGGGAGAUUCACUUGGCAGUCCGUUUCACAUGCUCUUCUUUGCUCAACAUGAUGCACAUGUACUCGCAACCUCUGCUGCCAAAGAUGCAUUAUAUUCACCCUCUAACAGUUAGCCAGCUGGACAGCUUGAGACAUCAAGCUACUCAGAUUGUUUCCAUGAGGCUCAGUCGGGCAGAGCCGCCUUUGAGAAAGGAAGUCGUUGAGUACAUGCUGGAUGUUGGGUCCCACAUGUGGAGUAUGAGAAGGAGCAAAGCUAACUUCUUUAGAAUCAUGGGUGUUCUCGGUGGGUUGAUUGCUGUGGGAAAAUGGUUUGACCAAAUCUGCAAUUGGAAGAAUCCAAUCACCACAGUGCUGAUUCACAUCCUUUUUGUCAUCCUAGUCCUGUACCCGGAGCUCAUCUUGCCCACGAUCUUCUUGUAUCUCUUCCUGAUUGGUGUGUGGUACUACAGAUGGAGGCCGAGGCAUCCACCUCACAUGGACACUCGUCUGUCUCAUGCUGAGUCUGCACAUCCCGAUGAGCUGGAUGAGGAGUUUGAUACUUUCCCUACCUCUCGGCCUUCUGAUAUCGUGCGGAUGAGGUACGAUCGUUUGAGGAGCAUUGCUGGAAGGAUUCAGACUGUGGUGGGUGAUUUGGCUACUCAGGGGGAGAGGCUGCAGUCGUUGCUGAGCUGGAGGGACCCGAGAGCUACUGCUCUGUUUGUGAUCUUCUGUCUGAUUGCGGCCAUUGUUCUGUAUGUUACUCCAUUCCAAGUGGUGGCACUUCUUGCAGGGCUGUAUGUGCUGAGGCACCCCAGGUUUCGUCAUAAGCUCCCUUCCGUUCCUCUCAACUUCUUCCGCCGGCUGCCUGCUAGAACAGACUGCAUGCUGUGAUGAAUGGAAGAAUGGAUGGAGCUUUUGCUGGUGAUGGAUCAACCUUCCUCUUGAAGGUUUCCCGGGUUCUUUUGAAGUGGGGUAUUUCAUGUUCUCCCAUCUUGUGGUUAAGUUAAUGGUGGUUUGUAAGUUUGGUAGGGAUGUGAUUUGCAACUCUUUCGAGACUGUUCUGCUGGACCGUUUUCUUUUGUGUCGCUAGUCUUUAGUUAGUAGAUAUUUUUUUUAUGAAAUGGGGAUGCGUUCUUCUAUCCUGCACCAAAUGUGCUUCUUUCUUUCUUUCUUUCUUGGCAUGCCUGCCUGUGUCGUGCUCCUGUCGCUUUGCAGGUUUAUUAUUCCUUUCUGAUCAUUCCUGGCAUCAACUUGGCGUCCUUCUGAAAUCGCAUACCGUGGAGAGAAUAGAUCCGUCAUUGUUUUUUGUUUAUAGUUAUACACUGUCGGAUUAUAUGGCAAGUUGUUGUCCCGUCUCAUGUCUGUCUAGCUGGUUUGCAUCAAAUGUGUUGUGGCCGUGGGUUAUCUAUAUUUGUCGUAUUUGUAAAACCAUAAUAGUUUAUAGAUGGUUCAAAUCAAUCGAGAA